ACAGGUAAUAUUCUCACGCUUAAGCAAGCAAGGUAUGUUGAAUUAGUUCGAAUGGAUUUAUCGAAGGGUUAGUAUCACGUUAAAGAAUACGAAGAUUUGCGGUUUUAAGAAAACGUGCACAAUUUGUAACUUAAGCUAAUGGGAUUGUGAAUUGUAAGUAUAUGACAAGCGUGGUAUUAAUAUAAUAACCAUAAGGAAGUCAGAGUUUCUACUGAACGGACUAAAUUUCGAUUCACGGACUAGACAGGGAAAUUUUGAUAACGGAUAUUAAUAAACAUCUAGUUUUAACGGCGUCUAUACAACGAAGAUAUUUUGUGACUAUUACUUUCUACAGUAUGGUAUUUUAACCUGUGAGUUGUUUUCUACGAAAAACAUAAAUACGUUUAUGUGAACAUCAAAAUCGGACAAUAAAGACCUUCUAGACGCUUCAUUGAGUGAAGUGGCACAUUCCCCCUACCCCCCAUAAAAUAAGACUGUAGUGACCAUUUUGAGGAUGGGACAGAAGGACGGAGGGCCGGAAACGGAAGUGAAGACGAAGCUCGUAGUGGUUGGAGAUUGUGGGUGCGGCAAAACUACACUUAUAGAGAGAUACAUCAAUAGCUCGUAUACAGAUACGUACACAGCGACUGGGUUCGAUACAUACAACACCACAUACCAGGUGUCUGCUACCUACAGAAUACACCUCUCUAUAUGGGACACUUCAGGUGAUUCCGGAUAUGACCGAGUGCGGCCGGUGUCAUAUACGGGGGCGGAUCUCGUACUAGCUUGUUUCUCCAUUGGCAACCCUGACUCCCUACACAAUAUUGUUACCAAGUGGUUACCGGAAAUUCGAGAGCACUGUCCAAAUGCACCAAUCAUCGUCGUAGGAUGCGGCAAUGACAUGCGCACAAACGAUGACGUCAUUGCCAAGUUAACCCGAAGUAAUCUUGCGCCAGUAACGUACGAACAAGGACUAAAAACCGCGAAGGACAUUGACGCUCUUGUAUACUCGGAGACGUCAGCCAAAACAUCAGAAAGCAGCGUCAGAGAUGUUCUUGAAGUUGCGGCUCUGUCGUCUGUCGGCACUAAACAAAUGCACGCGGGCGAAUCGGACGGACAGCGUCGUAAGUCAUUCCGGAAAAAGAACACUAGCAGCAUGGGAGAGGCGAAGAGUGCCAUCAAAAAAGAGUCGAAAAAAGGCUGUGCCAUAAUGUGAUACUGUUGGGACGUUUUGACUAAAGCGGUGCCGUUUUGACUAAAACGGGGGCGUUAUGACUAAAACGCUGAUGUUUUAACUUACCAUCAAAUGGGGCGCAUUGAUCAACAAGAGAACGUCAUGAUACAAAUACGCUAUGCAUUGGGACCAUUUUCCUGUUAACAUGUGGUGUCAGGAUUUAUGACAUGGUCUGUCAUGCCAUAUGGUGGGUUUGGCGUCAUAAACUAUCACCUUAACGUUAAUGUUCAUGGUGCCAGUUUAACGUAUACGAUGGCUUCAAUCCAUACCAGGAAUAGGAGUUUCGCCUUUAUGCGAAACGAGAGUUAAAAUAACUUAGUUUGGGAGGAGGUGUUUUUCAAGUUUGAUUUGUCAAUGACAAAUUUCGUUAUUGCAAAAGUUAAGAAUUUUAAUAUAACACCUGCGUGUGUAGGUUGGUAUCUACAAGAUAAAGAAAUCAGUAUGGAAAAUUGAAAUAUAAGUUGAUAAGUCGUGCAUUUGAUCUAAGCUGAUGAAAAAAUGAUUUCAUUAAAUUGUACGGUCGUUCGUCGGGUGGAAAUUGAUGAAUGAAGGGUCAUUUGAGGUUUUUAACCGCGUUUCCAUUGAGUUUUAUUCGGGUGGUUAAUUCAAUAUGACGGUGUGCAGUGAACAUAAAAUUAAUGAGAUGAGAUUACUUUUGGACAUUAACGCUCGCUUUUGGCUUAGCCUAGUGUUUGGGUACCGAUUUAUUGCCAUUUGUCUACACUUUAACUACUAUUAAUAAUUAUUUUGACGCAACUGUGCCAUAUAAGUUGUGUCGGUCUAGUCAUUAUUGCCUCCAAUUGCAAGGCUUUAACUGAAAAUAAUCAUUGUGCAUUGUUUUGUUUUUGUAUAUUUAUUGACUUAAAUGCAAUCCAUUUGUACACUGUUAUUACUUUCAUUCAUAAAAACAGAACAAUCGAACGAUUGUUGUUAGCCUAAGGUGGUUAUUGUUAGCCAUAGAUGACGUAUCCAUUUGUUUAAGUAUUAUAUUUAAAACUGUAUCCUAGGUUGACUAACGAGCACCCGCGCUCAAGUUUAGCUGCUAAUAGAACAAACAAUUUUGAAGGAGUGAAACUUCCCCCUCAAACUUUCCAUAUUGUAGAUGUAAAAAAACUGUUGCAAAUGUAUUUAGCAAUUUGACACCACGUUGGCCUAUCCUGCUUUGUGCUUUAUUUUCAAUGAUAGCUUUACGCCAUUGAUGAUUUAGCUAUUAUCAGGUGUGUUUGUUCAAAACGAGGCUAAUAGUUACCCAUACUAUUCUUAAUAUUGAACAACCCCAUGCAGAGAAGUUCUUCCAUAAUGUAAUUUUCUUUUAACAAAUAGUUAUGUUUUAAAUAAUUUCUUUCACUGUAAUUUCCGUAGAUUUUUUUAUUUGGUAUAGAUUUUAGUCAGGUUUUUUUUUCAACUAUUAUUUUUCCGCGUAUUGAAACAUGUUUGAUUGCUUGUUAAGUAAGUAAAUAUAGCUAACGGCUUGUCUAAUAAGCAGUUUUGGCUAAGCCUUAAAUACCAUGGUUUGUAUGUUCCCAAUUGUUUGCGUGUUUGCUGUUAUUUAUUGAGUUUGAAUGGAACUGUUUGUUAUUUAAAUCUAAAACCUCAUAGUGCAAUAUGCUUCAUUGAAAUCGGAAGGUAAUUCAUCACAGUGCUGUACCUAUUUACAUUUAACGUAGUAAAUGACAAGGCAGAGUUAAGUAAAGCAUAUAUAAAUAAUGUAUUUGUCCUAAAAUAAGACUUAAAAAGAAGCUUUGAGUUUAGUACAUUUAAAAUGUAUUGGAAAUUUUUUAAUAAGUUAAGUAAGCUUCGAGAUAGUCAAUCCUGUUGGAUAAUGACCGUGGUGUUCCGAUUGACACGAAACAUUAAAGCAGAAAUGAAGACGUCACUUUUUCCUCCACGGGUCUCAUGACGUCACAGAUAUUUAAGAUAACAUUUGAACUUGUCAUUUUCAUGCGAUAACGUCUAACCGUUUUAUGCAUAUUGCUCAUUUUUGUACAUAGCACAUGUUUUAUUUUAUUGCCAAAAGUAUUAUUACUAUUUAUUUAAAUGUAACAAAGCAGUUAAGUAGCUGAUUGGUCUUUUUGAAUGACAUUCAUGCAACUUUAUUAAAGUGUUUGCUUAUUACAUUGUAUGCAUAGCAUAAAGACAUUCCUGUUGUGUUUCUUGAAAUUUUGCCUUUAUAUGCCAAAAAAUGUAUAUUUUUGAAAAUUGAUACCAUAUUUGAUACCAUAUGUAUGUACAAUAUUGAGUUGCUUAAAAAUGAAAAAUAUGAAUAAAAACAUAGAAAAACUGUGAUAGAAAUAAAUUGCAGAGAGAACA